CCUGCUCCUGCCCCCUAGCGGCCCCUGGACCAAUCAUCCCGGUGUGGAGCCUCUUGUCCAGGUGCAUUAGGACAGGUGGGGGGUCCAAUCUCCAUUAAACCCUCCUGGCUGUCAUGUUGCUAUCUGACAAGACAAUUCACAUCCAAUCCACUAGUGGAGCGGCUCUGAUUGGCUAAGGAGAUGAAAUAAAAAAUGACAUUUACCGUCUAGGACAAGUGGUCGUCAUAGUGCACAUUCUCAAUGUAGCAUCAUAAUCAUAAACAGAUGUUUAUAACAGCUGUUUGUUUCCAUCCAGGUGGCUGCCUGUCCCCCUUCCCCUGCAGCUCACAAUGAAACCACUUCUGACACACGUGUUGGCUCUCAAGCCCCGCCCCCCCUCAGAACGCUCAGAGCCAAUCAGAAGGCGGCAUAAGGAAACAGCAGCCAAUCAGAGCGCGUCUUGUUUAGGAGACGUUCACACACACACAGCGAGGCCCUGCUGCUGUCAACAGGGAGGAAGGAGGCUCUCCAUCAUCAUAGCGGUGUUCAGGCUGACUCGGUGUGUCCAGGUGCUGAGGACUAGACUCACCUGUCCUCCUGUUCGUGGUCGCGUCCUGCUGUCGGCCCGCAGACACACAACCUCGUCUUUAGUGGAGAAGAUGCCGCAGACUCACAAGUCCAGAAACGCUCCAGCAGCUGCAGGAGCAGCAGGAGCAGCUGAGUCCUCCGGGACGGGACCAGGAGGAGCCUCAGGAGGAGGUGAGGAGCAGGAGAAGGUGUCCAGGAAGGAGUGCCAGGCUGCAGGAGGAGCAGGAGGAGGAGGAGGAGCAGGAGGAGGAGAAGAUAAUAUAGGAGACAACCAGAUCAUCAAGUCCCCCAGUGACCCCAAACAGUACAGGUACGUUGUGUUGGACAACGGGCUGCGAGCGCUGCUCAUCUCAGACUACAGCGGCCCGGCAGCAACCGGAGACGACUCAGGCGGAGAAGAGGAAGAAGAGGAGGAAGAGGAGGAAGAGGAGGAGUCUGGAGAUGAAACGGAGGACGAGUCCGAGGAGGAAGACGACGACGACGAUGAUGAAGAGGACGAUGACGACGAGGGGAAGAAGAAGAAAGGGAAUGCAGAGAAGCAGUCUGCAGCAGCUCUGUGUGUGGGAGUGGGCAGCUUCAGCGACCCCGGAGACCUCCCCGGCCUCGCUCACUUCCUGGAACACAUGGUGUUCAUGGGCAGCGAGAAGUACCCCUCAGAAAACGGCUUUGAUGCGUUCCUGAAGAAGCAUGGCGGGAGCGACAACGCCUCCACCGACUGCGAGAGGACCGUCUUCCAGUUUGACGUCCAGAGGAAAAGCUUCAAAGAAGCUCUUGACAGGUGGGCUCAGUUCUUCAUCUGCCCCCUGAUGAUCCGUGACGCCAUCGACAGGGAGGUGGAGGCCGUCGACAGCGAGUACCAGCUGGCCAAGCCGUCAGACUCCCACAGGAAGGAGAUGCUGUUCGGCAGUUUGGCCAAACCUGGACACCCGAUGGGCAAGUUCUCCUGGGGGAAUGCCCAGACGCUGAAGCAGGAGCCAAAGAAGAAGAAGAUCAAUGUGUACAAGAGGCUGCGAGCCUUCUGGAAGAAGCACUACUCGGCCCACUACAUGACUCUGGCUGUGCAGUCAAAAGAGACGCUGGACACUCUGGAGAAGUGGGUGAGAGAGAUCUUCAGCAAGGUGCCCAACAACGGUCUGAAGAAGCCAGAUUUCUCUGAUAUGCUGGAUCCGUUCGACACGCCAGCGUUCAACCAUCUCUACAGAGUCGUUCCUGUUAGAAAAGUUCAUGCUUUGAAUAUCACCUGGGCGCUCCCCCCACAGGAGAAACACUACAGAGUCAAGCCUCUCCACUACAUCUCUUGGCUGAUUGGCCAUGAAGGCACAGGAAGCAUCCUCUCCGUGCUCAGGAAGAAGUGCUGGGCCUUGGCUUUGUUUGGAGGAAACAGUGAAACGGGCUUCGACCAGAACACCACCUACUCCAUCUUCUCCAUCUCCAUCACCCUCACUGAUGAAGGCUUCCAGAACUUCUACCAGGUGACUCACCUGGUGUUCCAGUACCUGAAGAUGCUGCAGACACUCGGACCACAACAAAGAAUAUAUGAAGAGAUUCAGAAGAUUGAAGCGAACGAGUUUCACUAUCAGGAGCAAAUUGACCCUAUAGAGUACGUGGAGGACAUCUGUGAGAACAUGCAGCUGUUCCCUAAAGAAGACUUCCUGACAGGAGAUCAGUUGAUGUUUGAGUUCGACCCAGAAGUGAUCAAUGGAGCUUUGUCCCUUCUCACCCCUGAGAAAGCCAACCUGAUGCUGUUGUCACCAGAACAUGAGGGCCAGUGUCCCCUCAGGGAGAAGUGGUUUGGCACACAAUACAGCGUUGAAGACGUCCAGCAGGAGUGGAUGCAGCGCUGGACAGGAAACCUGGAGCUCAACAGCGAGCUAACACUUCCUGCUGAGAACAAGUUCAUCGCCACUGACUUCACCCUGAAGCCGUCUGACUGCCCAGACACCGAGCUUCCUGUCCGGAUAGCCGACAGCGACAGAGGCUGCCUGUGGUACAAGAAGGACAACAAGUUCAACAUCCCUAAAGCCUACGUCAGAUUCCACCUAAUCUCUCCUGUAAUCCAGCAAUCUGCUAAGAACGUGGUCCUGUUCGACCUGCUGGUCAACAUCCUGGGUCAUAACCUGGCCGAGCCGGCCUACGAGGCCGAGGUGGCCCAGCUGGAGUAUAAACUGGUGGCCGGAGAACACGGACUGGUCAUCAAGGUCAAAGGAUUCAACCACAAGCUGCCGCUGCUGUUCCACCUCAUCGUUGACCACCUGGCCCACUUCUCUGCCUCCCCUGAUGUCUUCAGCAUGUUCACAGAGCAGCUCAAGAAAACAUACUUCAACAUCCUCAUUAAACCAGAGAAACUCAGCAAGGAUGUGCGUCUCCUGAUCCUGGAGCACUCUCGCUGGUCGAUGGUGGAGAAGUACCAGGCUCUCUCAGCUGAUCUGACCAGCCAAGACCUGAUGGACUUCGCCGCAAUCUUCCGUGCCGAGCUGUACGCCGAGGGGCUCGUACAGGGCAACUUCAACAGCAACGAGUCACAGCACUUCCUGCAGUAUGUCACAGAGAAGCUGCAGUUCUCCAAGCUGCCAGCGGAGGUGCCGGUGAUGUUCAGAGUGGUGGAGCUCCCUCUGAAGCACCACAUUUGUAAAGUCAAAUCACUGAAUAAAGGAGACGCCAACUCUGAGGUCACUGUUUACUACCAGAUGCACAUGGAGGAACCUUGCUUUGACUUCCUCCGGACCAAAGAGACUCUCGGCUACCACGUCUACCCCACCUGCAGAAACACCUCGGGCGUUCUGGGUUUCUCCGUCACCGUGGAAACACAGGCCACAAAGUUCAAUACUGAGCUGGUGGAGUUAAAGAUUGAAGAGUUUCUGGCUUCAUUUGGGGAGACGCUCAAUUCGCUGACUGAGGAGGCCUUUAAUACUCAGGUGACUGCUCUGGUGAAGCUGAAGGAGUGUGAGGACACACACCUGGGGGAGGAGGUGGACAGGAACUGGGCCGAGGUGGUCACACAGCAGUUUGUGUUCGACAGACUCAACAGAGAGAUCGAGGCCCUGAAGCAGAUGACCAGAGCUGAGCUGCUCUCCUGGUUCAACGAACAUCGAGGACCGAGCAGCCGCAAACUCAGCAUGCACGUGGUGGGAUUCGGUGCUGAAGAGAAUGACGAGGAGGGAGGAGGGAAGAAACAAGAAGAAGAAGAAAAAGAAGACAAACAGGAGGAUUUAAGCGGCUCCACCUACGGAGAAGUGUCUAAACUCACCUUCCUUCCUGCCUCGGCCAAGAUGGCGGCUGCUGUCUCCAUCAUGGACAUCCCAGCCUUCACUAGAGGCCUCCCUCUCUUCCCCUACCACAAGAUACUGGAAUAAGCUGCAGAAAGAGAGACAGACAGAAGGAGGCGUUCAGGGACUCUGCCUCAUUAGAGAUGCAGCAGUUAAUAUGUGGAGGUUGAAACAUCUCUGGACCUGGAUUCUCCCUCCGGGGCUCUGCUGUAGUUUUUAUAUCCACUGUGUGCAUGAAGGCAAAGAGCCAGGAAGUGCUGAUAGAGUUUUCUUUUCACUAAGUGAUAAUCUAUUCUGCUUUUCCUCACACUCAAUUAUUUUAUAUCCUCAGACACGGAGAGUGUGGGAGCGCUCUAUCUGGGAAUCUUUUGAAUCAAAUUUUCAUUUAUCUGGUUUCUCUAUUACAGCUCACGAUCCCUCUUCUUUUAUGCUGUUUGUUUGUGGAGGCGCAAAGUGACUUUAAUACCAUUUAAAAACACAAAUCUACUGUGAAAGCUGCAGAGCUGCAGAGUGCUUUGAACUCCAGAUGUGUGUGUUGGAGUGAUUGUGUGCUGCUGUUAUCAGCCGACCUGGAUAAACUGCAAAGAGAAUAAAUCAAUGAGUGAUGAGUGAA